GCUGAAAGUUGUACUCUGCGAAUCGUGAAGUUGUCAAAACUUCACGUAAGCGUUCUUUCGUUUCCGGCAUCUCUGACUGCUAAGGAACACAUUUCGGUUAAUUAAAAGCUAAAAGCCUUUUAAUUAAUUUGCCAUGGCCAAGACGAAGACGGAGAAAAAGGCGAAAUCCGCCAUCAAUGAAGUGGUAACCCGCGAGUGCACCAUCAACCUGAACCGCCGUCUGCACAAAGUCGGCUACAAGAAGCGAGCUCCACGUGCCGUUAAGAUCGUCCGCAAGUUCGCGGAGAAGGAGAUGGGCACCAAUGACGUGCGAAUUGACACCCGCCUGAACAAGGCCCUGUGGCACCGCGGUAUCAGAAACCCACCAUUCCGUAUCCGUGUGCGUCUGUCCCGCCGCCGUAACGACGACGAAGACUCACCCAACAAACUGUACACCUUGGUCACCUACGUCCCUGUUCCCACGUUCAAGGAGCUUCAGACAGAGAAUGUCGAAUCUACUGAAGAUUAAGCUGUAAUUUAUUUACGAGUUAUGGAUGUGCGUUUGGGAAGUGUAGCAAACACGUUUUUGUUUGUUCGAUAACAAAGGCGCUACUAAAAGGAAAGAAUGCGAGAAAUACAGAAAUCCCAGGAGGAAAUUGGAAACAAA